CGUUGAUGAUGAUUGUCGAACAACUUGUUGCUUCCGGGUCUUUUUUGACAAGAAUAGGCCUCCACAAUAGAAUACUAUAGCGUUCUAUAUCGAUUCGGCUAGUUUCUAUAGAAACAUGAGUCAAAACAGUGUAACGCUACUGGUUGGAGAGAGAAAGAGAGAAUUGUAGGCAGUCAACGCUCGGGAAUUGUCCAUGUCAUUAGUCACACGUGUAUUGUUCAAUCUCAAAAUGGAUUAGUUUUCUUUCGUCAAAAAAAUUUGAUAGAAUCAAGAUGAAGGGUUGUGAAAAUAGUUAGAUUUGAAGAUGUUCAUAUUAUAAUAUGUUAUCAGAUGCUUUGUGAAUGAUAAUUAAUCAGUUAUCAGAUACACCUAUUUGAAAAAAGUGAAUUAGAUGUUUACAUUCAGCCUACCUGUGUAAGACCAUCAAACUUGUGCUGACAUGUUAGAACGCAGACUGACUGUACUAGUGGACGCCAACGGCACAGUCGAGAUACUUCCAUCCCGGACCGACCAACCAACGGGUCACCGCUGGCCUGCGCUCAUCCUGCUCUGCGUCAGCUUUGUCGUCGGCACGACUUUGUCGCUGUCCGCUCUGCUCGGCCUUCUAUUCACCAGCGGAAAACCCGUCACGCUGAGACCGUCUUGUCUGCAGUGGCUGACGUUUGCCACUCUACUUGACACUGUUCAAGGUCACCUGUUUGGCGCCGCCUUCAUUGCUAAGCGGCCAUCUGACUCCUCCAACAGCCACCAUCUUUGGUCAGACAGCCACCAUCUUGGCUCCGAUGGCCGCCAUGUUUGGUGCUCGGUGUCGGCCGCUCUGUCGCUAUGGCUGCUACUCGCCCAGGCCGCCUACCUGGCAGCGCUCGCUCUCCAGGUGAACUCCGAACCACGGUCGAAGCUCUGGCGCCGCUGGUGGGCUGGAGUGCUGCCCCUGCUGAUCGGUCUCACAAUUGCCGUGCAGGGAUUCUGUUGGGCGCCUGUUUACUAUUUUCCUCAAAGGAACGGUUGCGGAUUUGUCAACACCUCAAGGUCAACUGUUUGGCAGCCUCACACACUGCUAGCUUUGGCCACCAUUUCUGCAAGCUGCCUCAUCACUAUUUACGGCCUUUUUGCGCAACCAAAACAGUCAACCUCAUCAUCAAAACCUCCCAGAAAAACUGACAAGACUGUUCUGAAAACAUUGACCGGUCUCUUUGUGUUUCUCAACCAAGACAUUCUUCUGCGUCCCACCGAGCGCUUACCAACUAUUUUACCUUGGAUUAUGAGGUGCAGAAUCAUGUACUUGGGUCCUCUCAUAAUGUGUCCAAGCUGUGGACAACUGUCGAGCCUGAUGGAAAUCGAACCAGACGAGUGCAAUGUUGCCAAAUAA